AUGGCAGCAACACCAACAGAAGCCCAACUGGCCCAUCAGGAGCUCAUCGACAAGCUCGACAUUCACUCGAUCCCCAAGUCUUUCCGUAACACCAACUGGCGACCGAACCAGCGGCGCAACAAGAACAUCAAGACCAUCCUAGGCGACGCCUCGCGCAAGGAAGCCUCCUCCAUCGCGACGCCUCAGGACGGCGACAGCGGCGCCGCCACGCCUGCGCCCGCCGUCGACGAGAACGGCCUCUCAACCUCGGGCACCUCGACGCCGGCCCUGUCCACGACCGGUGGCGGUUCUGGAUCCAACUCGAGCAGCCUGCAACCGAACCUCGCCCAGGCCUCCCGCAGCCUGAGCAAGCUGGUGCUGGAAAAGAGCCUCAAGCCGGGCUCCGGGCUUGGGUUCGCGACAACCUCGGCGCCCAGUGCCACAUACACCAACAUUGAGAGCGCGCCCUCGCUGGCCCAUACAAAACGCUACUGCGACGUCACGGGUCUGCCGGCACCGUAUCUCGACCCCAAGAGCAGGCUGAGGUAUCACAAUGGAGAAGUCUUUAGUUUCAUCCGCAGUCUUCCCCAGGGCGUGACGGAGCAGUACCUGGAGGCGAGAGGAGCACACACGGUAUUGAAGUGA